GAAAGCGGACAUUUUAAGUACCACGUCCUCAAGGGGAGCUUGUAUAGUUGGCGCUAGAUAUAAAUAAACACAAUAUAUGUGCUACUGGAAAAGUUUAUCAUCUCGAUACUCUUAAUUCGCAUGUAGGACUGACUUCACAAAUCUGACAUCCCAAUGGGAAGACUUAUCUGAGGUGGCCCACAAAGAUGGCAUCUCUUACAUUCAAAAGCUGACAUAACUUGCACUGUAAGAGGAUGGAUAUCACAGAAAGCUCUGUCUCUGAUUGUAAUGUUUCCAAUGGGUAUGUCAACAAAGUCUUCAGUGUGUCUCUGGAUAUGGAGAGUGAAACAGGGAUUGUACAAAUCCGCAAAUCCAAGGAUCAUGAAGAGUCUUUGGAUCUGGUUUCCACUGAGGAUACAAUAAAUGAGAAACAGGAAAUUAAUCAGGCAUCCAAAACUACAAGAAUCUGGAGGAUUCUCAACCAUCGAAGAAUUGCUUCUGAUUAUGAGAGACGACCUCAAUCCAUGAUACUUCCAGGGGAAACAUCUGAAUCCAAGCAGUCAUUUGCUGACAAAGUAAAAGGUUUCAAGAAUUUGAAGCCCCCUUUUGUCUUCAGAGGCAAAUCUGGCAAGCUUUCCAGUGCAAAGUACCACAGUGUACUUAAACCAGAGACAAAUGAGCACAGCAAGAACUCUCCUGUUUUUUUAUGCUCUCAAAGGAAUAUACUCAGGAAUAAAGGCAAGAGGCACUCAUAUGCAGGUUACACUACAGAUUUUGAUUGUUCUUUUGUGGAUAUAGACUUUGCUACUACAAUUGACCAUGAUUUCCAGUUACCUUUGGACACAAGUAAGCAACAGAAGACUCACACAUGCUCAAAGAAAGCUCACUCAAACUGCAACAACUCAUUUGUGACAGUCUGUGAAGAACACUAUGUGAAAGAGAGCCCCAAGGUGCCUCUAGGAGGCAGACGGUCAAAAGGAGGUGAUGUUUGGAAUUACUUGAAAAGAUUUUCAUUUAUAGGAAAGGGAAGUUCAACUUUGUUGGAGAAGAGCUUUGACUCCAUGCAUACACUGGACAAAACCAUUGACUCAGACUAUGGAUGUGUUGACAUAGAUUGUAUUAAAGACUCCAUGCCUAUACCUAAACAGACAGGCCCAGAUGUCAAAAGCAGCCACUUUAGGGGACUGUUUAGGUUCUUUAACAGCAUGGCUGAGACUGCUCGAAAAUGGAGGAACUCAUCCAGGCCCUUAUCACCUCCUGAAUGUGAAUGUUCCAAUACUGGUUCAGCAAGACCAAAGCAGAUUAAAGAAUUUAUCCAUACUAAUUUUAAUGAACUCAAAAGAGAACCUAAUGCUUUCAUUAAGCCUGACUUUAGCCACGACAUAUGUGAGAUGAUCUCACCUGCUGAUGUUUCAAACAGGUCCCCACAUACAAUGUCGAAAUCCUGGAAAGCUUGGCCAGACUUAUCAAGCACUAAUGGAUUAUCUGAUGGGACAGGAUCACAACACACCUCCACUCAUACUUCUCUGGCCACCAUUGAGAACCACCUAAGAACUGACAGUCCAGAAGGAAGUUCUCUGUCUGAGCUUGAGCUUCAGGUUGACCUACAGGUACAAAGUGAAUCUGAGUUUUCUGGCAUUUCAGAUAAACCUAAAGGACACACAAAUGGUGAAAAAAGGGGCAUUUGCAGUGAUAUCAUUCCAGACUGCCCAGAUGAAAUAUUUAAGGCCCUUUCUCGCCCUCCUGGCAUGUCACCUCAAGAUCCUCCUUUUAAAUUGGUCCUGAAGAGGUGCCAUUCACUUCCUCUUCCACAAAAUACCAUCUCUGGAUCGACGGUAGUCAGCUUGCUGCUAGACAAAUCAGCUGAGUCUGUUGAGUCAGCCACUGUCCUCAGCAGCAAUGGAAACAAAAAUCGAAAAAAAAUGAUCAGACCUGGUUCUGGACCUCUGCAAGUGCAUGUGCUGAUCAGUGGAGGGUCCAUCAUCAGUGCUGAGGCAGUAUGGGAUCAUGUGGCCAUGGCUGACCGUGAACUGGCAUUUAAGGCUGGAGAUGUUAUUAAGGUUCUGGAUGCAUCCAACAAGGAUUGGUGGUGGGGGCAGAUCGAUGAUGAAGAGGGCUGGUUUCCAGCUAACUUUGUCAGGGUUGAACCUCACCCUCAUCAACCCAAAACAAAACAGGUUUUCUAUAUCAACUCUAUAGCCACUCGAAGGUUCCAAACCACAACAGCAAAGCUGUGGGUGAACCAGGACGAUCGAUCAAUUGAUGCUGCUGAGGGCAGUAGUGAGGUCCAGAAUGGGCACCUGGAUGCAAGUAGUGAAUGCCUCUGCUUGGGUCAGCCUCUUCAGAACAAAGACCAGAUGAGGGCAAAUGUCAUAAACGAGAUCAUGAGCACAGAACGUCACUACAUCAAGCACCUGAAAGAUAUAUGUGAGGGUUACUUGAGGCAGUGCAGAAAGAGGAUCGACAUGUUUAAUGAUGACCAGGUAAAAGUAAUUUUUGGAAACAUUGAGGACAUCUAUAGAUUCCAGAUGGGAUUUGUUCGGGAUUUGGAAAAACAGUAUAACACAGAAGAUCCCCAUCUGAGUGAAAUAGGUCCAUGUUUCCUAGAACAUCAAGAUGGGUUCUGGAUCUAUUCUGAAUAUUGCAACAACCACCUGGAUGCAUGUAUGGAGCUAUCUAAGCUGAUGAAGGAUGGACGCUACCAGCACUUCUUUGAAGCAUGCCGUCUCCUGCAGCAGAUGAUUGACAUUGCAAUUGAUGGCUUCCUGCUGACCCCUGUGCAGAAGAUUUGCAAAUACCCACUGCAGCUGGCUGAGUUACUCAAAUACACAGCAGAGGAGCACAGUGAUUAUCGUUAUGUGGCUGCAGCAUUAGCUGUAAUGAGGAAUGUCACCCAACAGAUCAAUGAGCGCAAGAGGAGACUGGAGAACAUUGACAAAAUUGCUCAGUGGCAAGCAUCGGUUCUAGAUUGGGAGGGUAAUGACAUUUUGGACAGAAGCUCUGAGUUGAUAUACACAGGUGAGCUGUCUUGGAUCUACCAACCUUAUGGGAGGAGUCAGCAUCGAGUUUUCUUCCUUUUUGACCACCAGCUAGUGUUGUGUAAAAAGGAUCUCAUUCGACGUGACCUUCUUUACUACAAAGGACGUAUUAACAUGGACAGGUAUGAAGUGAAAGAUGCAAUUGAUGGAUGGGAUGAUGACUUCAAUGUUAGCAUCAAGAAUGCAUUUAAACUGCACAAUAAGGACACAGAGGAAUUUCACAUCUUCUUGGCCAAAAAAUUGGAGGAAAAAAUUCGCUGGCUUAGGGCAUUUCAUGAAGAACGGAAAAUGGUGCUAGAGGACGAAAAAAUAGGCUUUAAAAUUUCGGAAUAUCAAAAACGGCAAGCAGCAAUGACGGUGCGUAAGGUGACCAAACAGAAAGGUGAGGCACCAAAGCGUUACCAGUAUUUUCUUGAAUUUGCAGAUUCAUUUAUAGAUAUCAUCUUGAGAAAGAGGGCCAUAUUAUAUGGACAUGCUCUAAAUCUAAACAGGUAUGUGCCACAUUCAUCGUCUUGCCCCCAGAAGCUCAUAGCCAAAGGACUGUCUGCAACCACCAAUGACUUGGCACACUCCAACGUAUUUGAGUUUCAUUAUCAAAUACAAGCUCAAUCACCAUUCUGGCAAAAUUUUGGAAGGUUAGCAUUAUUGAAAAAAUAGAAAAAACAUUCAAAUGGUAGCUGAAAAAACAAGCUUUUGCACAGAAUGGAGGAAAAUGAAAGACAUUUCUCUGAUUGAUGCAUUCAUUCAUUCAUAAGCAGCUCUAAAGUAUGUGCCUGUUUUACUGGUCAUGUAUUAUUAUCUGAAUUUUGCAGAACUUUGAGGCAACAUUAAAGUAAUACUUUGUGCAAAAUAACAAAUAAAUACAUUAGAUAAUUUAGCAAUAUGUUAAUUGUUACUAAUUUUAAUUUACUGUAAACACCUUUGACAUUACUGGGUAAAGGUAUUCAAUUAAUUGUAGUCAUGAAGAAAUAUUGGUGCAUAUAUAAAAAUAAAGCUGAUCUGUGAUUCAUAGUGAGCUAGACUAGUUUUGUGCAUCAAAUGAUUGCUUGAACUAAAGUUUCACUAAAGCCAAUUUUCCAAUUCAAUUUUACAACCUCGAAGCAGGUGGAGGUGUUUGUAAAAGGACAUUUGUACAUAUGAAAGGUAACAUGAAAAGUAAAAUAAAAAAAUCUUUAACCUAACUUCACAACAUUUAUUAGAUUUUAACCAGUAAGGGUAGUUUUGUUGACUGUUUUCUGAACAUGAUGUAUUUCUUGAUAUAAAUUUUAUUUGCCUGAAAUGACUUUCUAUUUGUAUCUUUUUGAAGUUUUCAAAACUUUCCUUCACAAUACAUUCUAGUUUAUUUCAAAGCCAUGUUAAACAACAGUAGAUUUAACCUAAAUCAACAAUGCGAAUUCAGCUUAUCUGAAGCACUUACCAUGAUGUUCAGAUAUGCUGUCUAGGUAGUGUUGUCGUGUCAAUUAUAUACAUUUGAUGGCUUUGUUUUUUUAUAAACAUUGGAUAAUGUCAUUAUCGAUACAUGGUUGUAUACAACCAGUUGCAUGAACCUGGAUAACUGGCGCAUGCAGUAAAAAGCACCUAGAUACAUCUUUGUGUAUGUGUGCACACAUGCAGAGACCUUUCAUCAAACAGGAAAUUAUUUAUAUAAUGUAAAAUUACAAUAUUUACAAUAAAUACUACUGUCCUAUACAUGCAGCCUCCUUGACCACUUUUUCUUGGCUCAUUGCCUGAUGAUUAUGAGUAGUCAAUAGAUUAACAGUUACAUCCCUAUCCAAGCAUAUAAUCAAUCAUAGGUCACCAUGGCAGUAAAAAUCAUUUGGGUUAUCAGAAUCGCACUAUUUUGCCAAUUUCCAUGGGUUAGUGAGGACCUUGGUUAAUUUCUCAGCUUCCUUCUUGUUCCCAUUGCCAUCAGCUCCCGAAUUUUUAGCUUCUGCAGAUCCAUUAGCCUUUCUACUGUAAACAAAAUUUCAUAAAAAUCUGGCUAUAAGCAGGGAGAGGUUGAGGUGCAUCACAUGGCUAUUGAUGAACAUAAAUUCCUGCGGAUGGUAGAACUGAAACAGAACCGGUUGUGAUACAGGUGUGAUGUAUGUUGACAAUGUCUGAACAUUUGCUUAUCUAUUUGAAGUCUUUGGAGAUGUUUAUUAGGAAUUUUAUUGACUCUACUAUAAUAAUGUAUGUGAACAAUAUCAUAAACAGGACUUAUAACAAUUAUUCUCUGAGAUGAAAUCCAGAAAAGAAGGUAAAAGCACACACAAAGAUCCACAAAGAUUCUAGCUUGUAUGCACACAUGCUCAAGAUUGUAUCCAGGUGAUUCUCACUGCCCUGCUCAUUCAGAUGGUGGAACAUUUAGUAAAAAGGUCAAUUCAUAAAGGAGGAUGAAUUCUUCAGUACAUAUUAAGAUAUAGAGUCCAUACUCUGCUAAAAACUCACAAUUCUUAGUUCAUGUUAAUCAUUUUGAUGGAUAGAUGAUGGAUAGAAGCAUAUUUAAGGUAUUUUUGGUUCAAUUUGUAUGAGUUUUAUGAGAGUUUUGGAUGUCUAGGAACUUAAUUAAUUACUCUGACUGUUCAAAAUUGCAGUAUGGCCUGGAUACCUAUUACUCAAUAGGCAUAUCCUGGCUCCAGAUAAAUUAUUAUGAAUGUUAUAGGCAUUUAAUUUUGCCAAGAAUAUUUUGUGACCCAUGACUAUGAACAUGAACUGACAGUCACCUGAUGUGUUUUUUGGACACCCUUGAAGCCAAAAGAAGUACCUAGGAAAUCACUAGAAUGUUUUUUUUUUUUUUUUUUUUUUUUUUUAAAAUAUAUUUUGCAUUGAUUUAAUGAACUACCCAAUGUAGAAAAUGUAUUCUUUUUUGGUGAUCAGUCAUUAUUUUGUAUAACAUGAAUUGACAGUGAUUAGAUAAAAUCUUAAAAUAUAAAACAUGUUAAUGAUGAUAAAGCACUGUUUUCUUUUGUUAUAUUGUUUUUAUAUUGAUAACUGAAUUGAAAUGGUAUAGGUUUUAUAGUAUACCACAAUUUAAUUUUUGUCCCCUUUGCUGGGUAUUUGCCUCUCUGUCUUAUUGAUGGGUAAAAAGAAUAAAUCCUUAAUUUCUAAGAAUUCGUAAAUGUUA